AUGAGUGAGCCAUCUAACAAACCUGAAGAUGAAGUUAUGGAUGAAGAGUUUAAUGAUAUUGAUGAUAAUAUUAUCACCGAUGAACAAGUAGCUGAACAGCAGAAACAAGAACAGAAAAGUCAAGGAACUCCAGCCCCACCGGAAAGUGAAAAUAAACAAACAGAAAACAAGAAACAAUCAAGUACAACAUCAUCAUCAUCAACAUCAACUGCUAAUGUGAAUCCAGCUCCUAUUGCUGCAGUUAUUCCAGAAUUGCCUGAUCUUACACGUAAGGAUAAAACAUUGAAAGAAGUACUUGAUAUGAUGGAUGGUGAUUUUGCACCAAUCAUUCCAGAUGCUGUUACUGAUUAUUAUUUAGCUAAGAAUGGGUUUGAAACUUCAGAUGUUAAAAUAAAAAGAUUAUUAGCUCUUGCCACACAAAAAUUCAUUAGUGAUAUUGCACAAGAUGCAUACGAAUAUAGUAGAAUCAGAAGUGCAAGUGCUGUGUAUAAUUCAUCAAAUCCUCAAGUUAGGGCGAAAUUGUUACUACAGGGACAACAAUAUGCUAAUCAACAAUCAUUGGCUGGUAAUUCUGCAAAUGGUGGUGAAAAUGAUCAGCAACAAUCCCAACAAUCACAUUCUAAUGCUGGUAAUCAACAAGGAAAGAUAGUAUUAACAAUGGGUGAUUUAAGUAAUGCAUUAAGUGAAUAUGGUAUGAACACUUCCAGACCCGAGUUCUAUAGAUAG